GUCUAAGGGGUCAAGCACGCUUCUUGACGAUCUCCUCCUCUGGAUUGCUGUAUAACUAAAGGAAAUCACCUCCAUUGCUUUCCCCUUGUGACCCCUCGUCCACUCAUUGUUUUGUUUCAUUCCGUCUUUGCUACCACGAUACUUUGGACAACCAACCAACCAGUCUACAUACCUCUACAUCAAUAUUCAUCAUUAUCAACAUGGUCACCCACGCACUCUCCAUGUGCGACUUGCAUCUGGACAUGGACCACCACCACCACCACGACGCUGGCUUUCUCGACUACCCGUCUUCUGCUUUCACCGGUAUCAGGUCUUCCUACUCCUUUGCCUCCAACGGCCCGUUCACGCCAUCAUCCGGCUCGUCCACGCCUGCCCGCCACAACUCAAUGGACUUCGGCCCGUCGUCUUUCGCCCCUGCGGUGGACAAUGUCUUCACCCCGCCGCCAUCUUCCGUGUCUGCCUACUUUCCACUCAACAUGAAAGCUGGAGAUGGCUCCGAUUUAUUCGCACCCGGAAUGCCUCUUACACCUUCUCGAACCCAAGUCAACAACAACGUUCACCCAAUGCAAUACUACAAUGAUGUCGCAACCCAUUUCACAUCACCUCAGCAGAUGGACUACUACACGUUCCACAAUGGCUUGGCUCCUUCACCUCUGGCUCCCAGCCCUGCUGUACAGGCAAUCCAACCUGGCAACACAUACGAUGCGUGGUCUGUCUGGGAACAGGCGGAAAGCCCCAUCUUCAGCAAAUUUCUCUCGCCAUCGUCAAGUUCUUGCCGGUCAGCCUCAAGAGUAAAACAAGAAGGCGACAUGUCUCCCAUGUCGGCUGGUGGACACUCGUAUCCUUCGCCCACAGAAAAGAGACAGCUUUAUGUCGAGGAGGCUCGGCAAAAAACCACAGCCCUCCAAAUGGUCCAACGCGAUGCCCCUUUGGCUCCCCGCCCCUCCAUGCACAUGAACGGAGAAGGCAAGCCAGAGAACGAAUCACACAACCCAUAUGGGCCCGGGUCGAUACUCAUUGACCCCAUCCAGAGGGUCUCUGCCGGAACCAACAUCUGCGAUUACCCAGGCUGUGGGAAAACAUACAGGCGAUCGGAGCAUCUCAAGAGACACAAGACAAAUGCUCACUCGGAAGUCCCAGUAUGGUAUCCUUGCAGCUUCUGCGACAAGAAGUUCAACCGACCGGAUAACAGAAGACAACAUCUCGGGCUCCACGCCAAGCCACGGCCCACCAAGAUGAAGGGCGUCAAAUAUGCUCCCAAGGCCAAGGCUGCUCUGGAAGAGGAGCUGAAGAACAUUCCUCGACGGAAUAAGAAGCCCAAAUCCGAGCAUCACGCCUAGGCUGUUUGCAUCAACCUACCAGGCGUUUGGAGUCUUUUUAUUUCUGAUUAAUUUCUUCCUUCUCUUCUUUUUUUUUUUCUCUCUUUGUUCUUUCUUUUUUUCUUUUUCUUUUACUACUUUUUGGUGCUGCUGUUUUGCUUUUAUUUUUCACGCAGCAAUUUGUUUCAUUAUCGCAACAUACCCCUUUUCUAUAUCACGACCGUCGGCGGCGCACUCAACGUGCUAUGCUUCCAACAGGCUUUUUUUUUUUCUGUUUAGCUGGCAUGGCUUUUGCUUAUCUCUUUUGUCCACUGCAACACUGCAUCCUAUCAUCUGGGGCGUUUGGAGGCUUCAUACCUUAUCUAAUGUGUGAGAUCAGUCGAGAGCGAGAGACAGAGCUGGGUCUCCAUAACGAAGACCAUGUAUUAAUCACAAGUACUGUAACACACCUGGUGCAGCCGCGGGCGAUCAUAUACCCGGGGGGGCAACGGAUCCACAGAUGGGAGUUGUGUGGAUGGGAAAGGGCGCCCUAAUGGGAAGGAGGGGCUCGCUUUGGGCCGGCUCGGCUACUUAGGAGGGGAAGGAAAAGCAAAGUGGAAACUUAAACUACCUCUACCUAACAAAGGAAAAAGCAAUUUCCAAAUGAGUAUAAUGUUAC